AGACACGAUGACCUAGCUUUCAAUUAGACCACUAUCUGACACUCCUGAAGUUCAACAGCGGAAACUGCCUCGCGCCAGAAGCUUGCUGCGUGUUGUUCAGAUCGCAGUGGGAUCGGAACACGCAGAAAUGGGAGGUGCUUUUACAGAAACAGUACUUCUGGUGCUCACCAUGCUGGCUAGCGGCUGCCUGGCCUACAACAUACUGGUGUUGGCUCCAGCACCGUCCUACAGCCACCAGCAGCCGUUCCGAUACCUCACAAAAGCUCUACUGCGGAGGGGCCACCGGGUCACGUUCUUCACAGGAAACCCACUCAACAUAUCUAACGAGAAUCUAACAGAAAUUGAUUUGUCUGUGGGAUACAAAGUAUACAAGGACAUUGACCAAGUGACACUAGCUCAACAGCCGCCAACGCAGAGUCUCUCAUUGCUUCGAGAUCCCCCGCCAAAAUUUAUUCCGUUGCUGUUUAAGGAACCGGCAGUUCUGGACUUCAUGAGGAGGAACCACAGUUUUGAUCUCGUAGUCAUGGAGUGGUUUCCGUACCAUGCUUUCUACGGGCUGAUCCACAAGGUUGGAUCGCCUCCCAUGGUAGGCGUCAUCACGCUGACGCCAUUCGCCCCCAUCUACUACGCUAUGGGAAACCCGAUGAACCCGGCGUACAUGCCGGACGUCUGGAUCGGCUACUCCCACCACAUGAGUUUCUGGGAGCGCGCGUACAACGCGUUCUUCUACCUCUGGAUCCACUACGUGUGGUUCUACGACCUGAUGGCCGGCCAGGAGGCCAUCAUGAGGGACGUGUUUGGGCCGGACCCUCCGUCAGUGUACGAGACGGAGCGCAACUACAGCCUCCUCAUCGUCAACAACCACUUCUGUCUGGAGUAUCCACGCCCGCACCUGCCAAACAUCAUCGAGAUCCCUGGCAUCCACGUGAAAACAGACGUCGAACCUCUACCCAAGGACAUCCAGGAAUUCCUGGACGGCGCUGAGCACGGGGCGGUCUACUUCAGCCUCGGCUCCCUCGCCAAGAGCAGCUCUCUGCCCCGGGAGAAGGUCCAGGCCUUCGUUGAGGCCUUCCAGGAGCUGCCGCAGAGGGUCCUCUGGAAGUGGGAGAACGAGUCCCUGCCGGGGCAGUCAGCCAAUGUAAUGGUCAGCAAAUGGAUACCUCAGCAAGAUGUUCUCCGUCAUCCAAACGUGCGUCUCUUCAUCAUGCAGGGAGGUCUUCAGAGCAUGAACGAAGCAGCGUACCACGCAGUUCCGUUUCUGAUCAUCCCGUUCUUCGCUGAUCAGAAGCACAACGCGGCUAAGGUGGAGGAAGCAGAGAUCGGGCUGAAGCUACUACUGGAAGACAUCAGCAAGGACACCGUCUUGCAGCGCACACGUUCCAUCCUUGAUGAUCCAAAGUACCGAGACAACGUGAGGAAACUGUCAUCCAUAUUCCGCGAGCACAAGGCGGAGGCAGAGGAGCGCGCCGUGUGGUGGAUCGAGUACGUGGUUCGUCACAAGGGGGCCCCGCACAUGCGCAGUGCCGCUCUCGACCUGUACUGGUGGCAGCUGCUGCUGCUCGACGCCAUCGCCUUCCUGCUGCUGGCAGCGGCUGCCAUCUUUUGCGGCGCAUUCUUCAUUGUGCGGCGAAUAAUAGCAGCGGUGAAACGCAGUAAGCGCAAGCACAAGAAGCAAUGAUACUGUCAUUGAGUUUAAGGUCAAGUGCAUUUCAACUUACAAAAAUUGUACGCAGAGUUUGAAUCGCGUGUUUCUUGCUGUAUCGGCCAUGUCGCAUAGUUCAUAACUUACACC